AUGUAUCCUGCGGGAAGCAAUAUUAUCAUAAACAACAUUGAACAAAAAGCACAGCGUUUCAUUCCCAUAUCCGAGUCUGGAAAUGGAAUAUCUGCCGUGACAGUAUCAUCUGAUAAGCAUGUAUUUGCAGUCGCUGAAAGGUCUGCUCAGCCAACCAUUCAUGUUUACGACCUCCACAAUUAUCGGAAAAGAAGACAGUUGGUGGCUUUUGAAACAGCUCAGGGCAAGGAAUUUACAUCGCUGUCUUUUUCAAUCGACUCAAAAUAUCUAGCGGCACAGCUAUCUGCACCAGAUUGGAUUUUGCACUAUUAUGCUUGGGAAAAGGGAAAACCAAUUGCCGUAAUUUCGGCAUCACCGUCGCCAGAUAAAGCUGUCAAUCAAGUGACUAUCAAUCCAUUUGAUGGAACUGAAUUUUGUGUUACCGGCCAAGGAUUUGCAACGAUAUAUAGAUAUGCAGAAGGUGUUUUGCGUCCUCUACCUUUAAAGCUACCAGAAUAUAACUAUGUGUGCCAUUGCUGGAUGACGACCGAUUGCAUCAUUAUUGGAAGUCAAGAGGGAUAUAUAUUCAUGAUCCGCAACGAGGAAAAGGUCCAAGAAACCGCGUUUUCUAAUUGCAGUCCCAUAGCUACUCUACAAAGCAUGAAGCAAGGCUUUGCUGUUGGAGGAUCCGGUGGAUUUGUAUCGCUAUACGACUUUACUUCUUCUGACUGGUCAAAUUUUGAUUUGGUUCGAAAAAUUCCGCUUCCUGAUGCUAGCUUGAAGGUUACGGCAAUGGCAUCAACUACUUCUGAAGGAACUCUUCUUGUGGAAGUGGAUACUAAUCAGAUUUUAAAAAUCGGACUGACUGCAUCGGAUUUAGCAAAAACAGAUGAUCUUAAAUUUGAUGUUUUUUUGGAAGCAUAUCAUUACGGACCGGUGACUGGUCUUGAUCUUUGCAUUAGAAAGCCUCUUAUUGUGACAUGCAGUUCAGAUAAAUCCAUUCGUAUUUGGAACUACCAGACCGGUACUUGCGAGUUUCAAAAAUUCUUUAGCGAAGAAGCUCACUCAGUUGCCUUGCAUCCUUCAGGGUUAUAUUUACUUGCUGGGUUUAGUGACAAGCUGAGAUUGAUGAAUGUUCUUAUGGAUGAUUUGCGUCCAGUUCGCGAAUUUGGCAUACGCGCAUGCAAAGAGUGUCACUUUUCAAAUGGGGGCCACUCCUUUGCAGCUGCACACGGCAAUAUCAUUCAGAUCUUUUCUACAUGGACAUAUGACAAUAUCGAUAAUCUAAAGGGACACAAUGGAAAGGUUAAAUCGUUGUAUUGGACUCCUGACGAUCAAUCUCUUGUAUCAGCUGGAACAGAUGGAGCAGUGUAUACCUGGAACAUUCGACAGUUAAAGCGCGAGCAUGAGCAUAUUCUCAAAGCAUGCAGUUAUAAUAGUGCAGUGUGUUCUCCUAACGGAAAAAUCGUAUAUGCUGUAGGAUCUGAUAAAUACAUCAAGGAAAUUACUGAAUCUACAGUCACCAAAGAGUUUGAAUCAGAUAUAGUUCCUUCACAGAUUGCCAUUUCCAACUCUGGAAGAAUGCUGUUUGUAGGCAAGUUUUGA